ACAGCAGUUAGCUCAGAAGAGAGACUGAAACAAAAAGAAACGGAAAUCAAAGAGAAAUUGAGAAUAACCGAAGUUAACUCAAAAGACAGACUGAAACGAAAAGAGACAGAAAUCCAAGAAAAUUUAAGAAUGACAGAAGAUGAUUCAAAAAAAAGGACUUCAGAAGAAAGAGACAGAAAUCAUUGAACAUUUGAGAAUGACAGAAGAGGAAGCAAAAGGUAGACUAGAUCAGAAAGGGAAAACGAUUGAAGAAGAUUUAGAAGUAAAAGGAAAAUGUAUACUUCAUCAGCUAGAUAAAAAACAAUCAAACAAGGAAGCAGCAAACGAUGGACCUGAUGAGUCUGAAAGAAAGAGAGCAGACUUUCAGGAGAGGUUGGCCAAACAGUAUGGAAACGACGUCAUAAAGGUAUCUUUAGUGCCCCUAAAACCUCAUAGAAAGCAAGAGAAUGUAAAUGAUGUGUAUAUUCCUCCCUGGCUGACUGUAGAAAUAAAAAAUCAGUAUUCUAAACAAGGGAAAGAUAUGAAGAUUUCCAUGCACGAAAUAUUCAGAAAUCAAGAAAAGUCCGCAAAAUAUGUCUACAUAAUCGGAGACGCUGGCUCAGGGAAAAGCAUGCUUUGCAAAAUGCUUGUGUAUUUCUGGUGUAUCGCCCAUUCGCAUCAAGAAUGCAGUUCAGACGAUUCUGAUAUCGUGAAAGAAAUGAAUAACUUUAAUUUUUUAUUUUAUAUAUCGCUUCGACACUUUGCUGAUUGUGACAGUAUAGAAAAAAUGCUAGAGAAAUCAUAUCGUGAUCCUGCGCUUGGAGAUAUUUUGAAAAAUGAGUCCAGUGAAUGUCUUAUUUUACUUGACGGUCUCGAUGAAUGGAAACAAGUAAAUACACAUGAUUCGCAAUUUCUGACCCCAGGACUUCCAGGACGCAAUCUGCAUGCGCAUUAUACUAUUGUUACAACUUCAAGACAAUGGAAAUUUGAUUUUCUGCAAAUAAAUGAUAGCGAAGUAGAUAAGAUAAUUAAACUACAUGGCAUUGACGAAAAUGAAAUAAAAAACGUCACUGAGAAAACAGUCAAAAUGUUAAAUGACCGUUUUCAACAAAGCAAAAAUGCAGAAAAUUGUACAACUGAUAUUCAGAGCAGAGGAGUUUCCGACAUUAGCCACAUACCAUUGAUCUUGCAACAAUUGAUUUGUCUAUGGUUUGACGAAAAACUCCGAGAAAAGUCGAAAUAUGCCAUAUACAGUAAUAUGUUAGCUCUCUUAUUUGAAUGGAAUGCGCUUAAGCGAACUUCAAAAUAUCAAGAAUACGUGAUAGUCACACAAGCACGUAUGAACGAUUCACCACUACCUGACUAUUUGUGCGAUUUCAGGGCCCUCCGAGAAAACACCCGUGUUAUUCAGUACCUUUCGCAGUUAGCUUACGGAACCCUUUUUGACGAAAACAAAGAAACCUCAUUAACGUUCAGUAUCUCAGCAUUAGAACGCCUGAACAUACCAAAUGACGUGAUAAAGAAUUGUUUGGACAUUGGCAUUUUAGCAGAGGAGCAAGAUCCAAGUUUUCCUGCAAGCACAAGUCAACAAUCAUUAUUUUCAUUUUUUCACAAGUCAGUGCAAGAAUACUUAGCCGCAGUGUAUGUCGCUAGUCAGCUCAAGGAAAUGUUGAAGUCGCGGAAUAUAUUUCAGAAUGUCAAAGAUGGUCUUACAGAUGUCUGCGAGACGUGCGUAAUGAAAUACUUAGGCAGUUGCAAAACCGUUGCUGGUGUCUUAGAACAGUCAAAUGUGUUAAUUAUGCUUUGUGGAUUAGAACCACAGAUGCUUACACACGUCAGUAAGUUUAUCUAUGACGUUACUCUGGUUGAAAAAAUGACACUGGAGGAAAGCGAUACAUUUCCAAGCUAUAAUGUGUCCCCGAAAUAUCUUAAAGUGAUCGAAAAUAUUCAAACGUGCCUUUUCUUGUGUAUUGAAGAAGUCAUGUCAACAGCGAAAAAUGCUCAAACUCCUGUUCAUAUUGCCUAUCUUUCCGUUUCCCCUGCGACGAAUUUGCAACGUUAUGGUGAGAAUGUUAUUUUGAAAAAUAUUCUAUCGAUAGAAGUAUAUAGCUGUUGGCUUGAAUAUAGUGACGAGACAAAGCAAACACAAUCUGAGCCAAUAAAGGAGAUAAGAUCCAACACUAGCGGUGAGAGUAUUGAUCAUGUAUACACUAAAAUUCUUGAUACAAAUGUUUCGACGCUUGAAACUGUCAAUUUCAAUUUCUCACAUUUAAAUGAGAUCAUCACAACACGUCUUGUUUCGAUAUUACCGAAAAUGCGACGAUUAACUUCGCUCCAGAUGAAGGGCACUGGGUUAGUCUAUAUUCCACAUGAUGUUUUUUUGUCGUUGUGUACAUUCCUGAAUCAAUUAACAAGUCUUAGGCAUGUUGCGCUUAAUGUUUUUUGCAGGAAAUUCGACUACCACAUGAUAUACCUAUCACAACAUGAACAACUUCAACAUGUUGAUUUUAUGUUUAGUACAAUUUGUGUGUUCAGUUGUAACACUGACAAUCUAAAAACAUGUAAGCUUAGUAUAACAAGGGAUGACAUAAUGAAGCAAGUAUGUAACGUUCUAUAUAAAGCAGGUAGAUUAAAAUAUCUGGACCUGUUUUGCUAUCAAGGUCCUUCUGACGAAAUAGUUACUGAAAAUCUCAUCAGACUGCUGUCAUCAUUAGUCAGUCUCAGAACUCUAACCUUAUGGCGCUUCACCUUUACUGACAACAUUAUAGCACGUCCACGUGAUAUGAAGAAUAUGAAAGAAAUAACAUUUUACGAUGUAACAAUGAGUGUGACAACGUGGUGCAAGUUUAUAAAUAGUCUUCAUGCACUGCCACAAGCAGUAAAGGUAACAAACAUUUUCCGGCUUGAUAGAUCCGAAACAAUAUGCUUGAUGAAUAGAAAAUAGUAGAUGUACGACAGCAUGUUAAAGACUAAAUGGAUUUCUUUCGCGUAACAUACGACAGUACCUAUAAUUUUCAGUUUACUUCAAAGGAAAUGUGUCUCUGAAUAUAAUUUUAUUAUAACGCAAAUUACAAUCAUGUCAGUAAGCAAUAAUAUUGACAGUGUAUCAUGAAAACGUACGUGUUGUUUCAUAUAACCUUGAUAUAUCAUAAGGUAUUAUAUCUAAAUAGCACUCUUUUCGUUUACAUGUACACGUUCAAAAGUGCUUAAUAGAAUAAAUAACAAACAAUGCAAAAAAAGUACACAUUCAACACAGACAAAAAUGCAUUUUCAUGUUAAUAAUUAUCAUGAAUGUAAAACAUACAGAUAUAUACAAACGUAUUACAAAGCUUUUAAUUGAACCUAAGUUAAAAUACUGUUCCACGUUGUUAUGAAAGAAAAAAAUCUAUUGGUCAAGUAAAGAAAUGGUAUGCAAAGACGUGUGGUUUUAGCAGGCUUUUAAAAAAAGCUAGCAUGUGAUAUUGACGGAAAGGGUGUUCCGAGGAUUUGGAGCAGUGAACGAAAAGAUGCGACUGCCAAACAUCAUGUUUUGUGAUCUUAUGUUUCUGGCGAGUUUAUCACUACUGUCAUAUUCCCUUAUAUAGACAGGGGGAUGAUUAUAUAGAGCCUUAGAGGUGUGAGUAAGAACCCUGUACUGCACCCUGAUUUUACUAGCAACCAAUGCAUCUCCUUCAGAACGGGUGUAGUGACGAGGCGUCUUAGUGAUGAUGCGACCUGCCGUGUUCUGGAAUACCGCUUAUCAAUGUAUUACAGCAGUCUAACCACGAGGUAACCAGUCUGUUGACAACGGAUUUGUGGCAUCACUGGUAAGAUACCGUCUGAUGUGACCUUUUUGCGUAGUUGUGCAUAUCCAGCCCAGCAAACAGAGUUUAUUCGUUGCCCUUUAUUUAUUUUGUUGUCAAAUACUACACCAAGAUCCACAUUUUGUGGAAUUUAUCAUAUAGUCAUCGACAUUCACCGGGACAUCAUCAAUGUAAUCGGAAUUACUCGUGUGCUUUGAUGUGAAUAACAUUACUUUCGUUUUAUCAGCAUUGAGCCUUAGCAUGUUGCAAUGCAUCAACGGGACAAUUUAAGCCAGACAGUUUUCAAUGGAGUGCAUAGCCUCACUUCUAGCCGCAGCUUCUAACGGUUUAUUUCAUCAACAUAGGCGUCGACAAAUCACUAUCAACUUACACGGUGUGAUAGAUGUCAAUAAGAUAAGAUAUGAUGACAGUCGUAAAAGUGCUUUAACUUUGACUCCAAAAUGAUGUUCGAGACGGUGCAACAAAACUUGGUGGUCAGUCGUAUCGCAAGCUGCAGACAGAUCGUUUAGCACGAGGAAUGUUACAUAAUUUUGGUCGGGAGAUCUGUAUCUUUAUCAAAUUCGGCGCAGUUAAUGAAACUUUCUGUAUGGAUACUGUCUCUCAUGUAGUUUAUUUUCGUUCAAGUGACACUUGCCUGUAGUUGUUGAGAAUAGUUUGUUCAAGACCUAGUUUCUUAUUUUCAUUCAAGUGAUACUGGCCAGUAGUUGUUGAGAAUAGUUUGUUCAAGAUCUAGUUUCUUAAGCAGGGGUAUUAUCCUAGCAAUUUUAAACUCUUUUGGUAAAUAAAAGUAUCAACCUAA